UUUUUCCAAAAAUGCGAAACAACGAAUUUCAGCAUACGGUGUAACAACAAAAAUAAAUUUACAGCUAUUUCGCAACGCUACGAAAGAUCGCCAAACAACGCGAAAAAAAGCAACAGUAAAGAGAAAAACCAUUACGAAUUCUUAAGAUAAAAAAAACGGAAGGUAAAUAGUGAAAUCUGAUUAUAAACAUUAAAAGCGGAAUAAAAAAAAUGUAAAAUAAUUGAAAGAAAAUAUAAAAAUUGCACACAAGCAUACACACCGGCGUAAAGCGAGGUAAACAAACAGUGAAAAAUUUCCAAAACAAUAAAGCAGCUGAUAAUAUUAAAAAGAAAAAAAAAAACAGAGAUAUAAACAACAACAAAUUUUAUCCAUUUGCUCGUCUUGCUGGCAGCAAGCGUGUGAAUACAAAGUAUUUCGAUUGGAAACGCUAACAGUAGAUCACUAACUAACAGACAACAACAACAGUAUAGCCAAGUCAGCUGUUUACGACGCAAUAAAGGUAGAUACAACAAAGGUUGAGAGCAAGAUUUAUUGUUAUUAAAUUACUUGGCCAGCAGAUAUUUGAGUCUUCAACACAAUACCUGCACCCUUACGCCCCUAAAACUAUUCCACCACCACCAAAAGAAAAUAUUUAUGUACAUACGUACAUACAUAUACAUAUACAUAUGUAUGUGUACAACAUAAUUGUAGUAAAUCGUCGUAGCUGUACAAUAAAACCAUAAAUUGGGCUGUAGAGACCGUAGAGAAAGAUCGACGUCAGAAGUAAAGACCUUCAAAGGCUACAAAUACAUGAAUAACAGCGUAUACAGCAACAACAAUACUGAAAGCAAUAAAUAUCGAAAAGCAAACUAUUGUUAUCGUCGUGCCAUAACUGUAGCAUUAUAAUAACAUACUACAUACACGUAUACAUAAUACCUAUAGACAAACAUACGUAAGCGCAUAUGAGCGUUUUGUGGUACAUAGUAACCAAAACAGAAUAGCCGACAACAGCAAAAAAAAAAAAAACUAAAUAAAUAAAUUAAAAUAACUUUUUUUUCUUUUAAUCAAAACCACAUACAUACAUACAUACAUAUAAAUUCAACAAACAAACAAAGCGAGAUAUUAGUCGCAUAUUAUUACGUACAUACAUAAAGCUGUACACUGAUAGCUGCUGGCAGGCAAUCAACCGCUCGACGAUCAUCGGGUCUGGCAUGCAGUACUCGUAUACGUAUAUAUAUAUGAGGUGGCAAAAUUCGUAGCCACAGAUCGUAUGCUGAUCGUAAACAUUUAAAUCGCUACAACACUUUGCCAACAAUUCAGUCGUAUUUUGACUUUUGUACGGAUAACUACCAAGCAAAAAAAAACAGCGAAAAACAAGGAGCAAAUCGGAUUGAGCUACAACCAAUAGCAGACCAGAGCGCCCAAAAAGACUUACAAAAAAAAAAGAGAGCAAAACUACAAAUUCAAGAAAUCCGCUUUUCCAAAACAAAUUUGGAAUAUUUUGAAUUUCCUGUGCUGAACGGUGCAAAGAAAACCGUUUUCCGAUGUCGAUUAAUUCGCCAAUACACACAAACUCUGACCUGAUUUAAACAGGCAAAAAAAAAGUGACAGGUGUUGAGUAAAAUAAAUAAAACACAGCAACAAGAAGAACGCCAAAAAACAAAGGGUGUUGUUUUUUUUGUUUCCGUUUCGUUUUCGAAAAUAUUAUCUAUCGUUUUUUGUUUCGACUUUAAUUUUCGUCGCAUUUCCUCGUACUUUGUGUAAAAAAAAAAAAACACAAAACCAAAGUUGACUCCAGCGCCACAAAUUAACAACUUACGUGCAAUUAAAAAAUUGCUACAAAAAAAAAAAACAACAAACAAACACACCACAACAACUUUGAAAAACAAGUAAACAAUUAAGUGACUCAUUGGAAAAAGAAAUCCAAAUACAAAAGAAUUGAAGCUAGAGACUUCCAGUGAAAAAAAAAUUAUAAUAAUUGUUUGUAGAUCACGAGCGUACGCUCUCAGAUACUAUAUAGUCAGUAAAACGUUUCAAACGUCGAUCAGUCGCAAGCAAGCCACUGCAGUCGAUCGUGUGUCGAGAAACGUGCUUUUAGCGCGUUAAAAAAACAAGAGAAUAAAAAAUAAAAACUUUUACUUUGAACUUUAUCACGUUUUCUGUGCGUACAUUUAAAGAAAAAAUAACAAUAUCGAAUUGUUGCGUUUUAACGGUGAAAACGGUAAACCUAAACAACAAUCUGAAGGAACAAAGAAUUUAAUUUAUCCAGGCUUUGGCCGUUGUAUGGAGCUUUCUAAACAACCAUCGUAUUUUGGAGACGAGCCGGACCUCCUGUUCAAAAGCGCACAGGGCCGGAAUAGUCUAUUUUCUACGUGUAACGGUGCUGCAGCCGCCUCCGCCGCCGCUCCAGCUGCCGCUGCCACUACAGCUACCGCUAUUCCAUUACCAAUUAACGCAACAGCCAAAAUUAAUCUAGAAACCUCGCUAAAUGAUUGCGAAAGGGGCUACGUGCCAACGGUUGGCCGUUGGGGUGCCGAAUGGCCAAGUUGACUCGCCGAAGCCAGCUUGGUGCGAUGUGGCGCCGCCGCCAUUAACACAACAGCUGAUGAACCAGCUGUUGUUGUGGGCGCCGGCGCCAAUGGUUUAUCGGCGGGUUCGGUACGUAUUGGAUUGACUACGAACACCGUUCCUGUUCAAGAUAGACCACAAAACAACAACGACCAACGUAUUGUUGUCGCCCAACAGCAGCAAUGCAACGUGGCCAACAAGACGUGGUCGUCGGACAACCGCCAUGAUGUUGAUGAAAACCAUGUGGACGCUAAAAACGACACUGGUGAACGACACACUACUAAUGGUUAUGAUGCAGUUGGUGCAACAGCAGCACAAGUGGGAGCAACAGCAAUUGAGAAUGAAAACAAAAAUGUUACAACCAAUAUGGAAGCUGUUGUGGUCGGUGCAACCGCAUUUGACACCCACACGGCACAAAACCUUGACAAAGUGGAUAAUGUGACAUCAAAUGCAUCAUUGGAACGCUGCUCAAAUAUACGUAAAUUACUAGAAGAGCAGCAUCGCAAGUGGUGGCGCAACCAAUUGCAUGGCCAACAAGAAUGGUGGGCCGAUGAGGAUAACUACAAUUUAACUGCAUUCAAUCAAAUUAAUGGAAUCUGGCCACUGGGACAUCCACUACCAUUGCCCGAUUGGGCAACGGCCUGUGACGACGAACAUGCCAAAGGCGUCUUACACUUCGACUCGGUUUGGGAAUAUGAAGAUUUAAAUGCAAUUAUUGAGACCAAAUUGCAUCGUAUGCUUGAGGAAACACAUUAUGAUACCGUAAAUUUGUUCGUGGACUUUUAUCGCGCCUUCAAGCGUACACGUCGCUCGGAUCUCAAAUCGUUUUUCCAAUUCUACGACUUACCCAUAAACAGGCGUCAUCACAUGUGUGUCUCCCUAGCUAUGGAGAUAAUGACACGCAUCAUUGAGAUCUUUCCAGUAUUACAACAUUAUUUGUAUUUGGUUUCGUGCGAAGAACAGGUCAUGUCUCAGAGCGACUACAUUGAAGGUACUGAUGAAGUAGGCGGCUUAAAUUCUCCAGAUGCUAAUGUGGAAAAAGAACACGCUAUGGUUGCUAUGAAGAUUUCAGUUGCUGGACGCGAAGGUGUAAUGAUAUUGGAUCCUGGCUAUCAUAUUGGACGCGCUGUAACCGUGAUGUCCGAUCAAAUGUAUCCGCAUACAGGUUGGUUCACACAGUCUAAAGAGCCUCGUUUACAGCGUGAUUACUGCUACAACUAUUGUUUGCAUAGCAACAAAUAUGUUGAAUGGAUGGAACGUGAGACACGCGGCGAUGAGCAAUGUUUCAAAUCAUCACUCAUCUAUGUCGAACAGCCGUACGUGACAGCGAUCGAUGUAACAGUACGUCGUAAUCUAGUAUAUAACUUCCGUUCGCUGUUAUCGCGAGACGCAAAGGGGCGUGUUUUUGCGGGUAUUUACCUACCAAUUGUACCCAAUUGCAAUGAAUCACAUUUCACCAUAUUCUAUGACGGACCGAACGAUCAACGCAUAAAAGUGAAAUUCAUGUUCAACGUCUUCAAAAAUCCAGCAAAGAUUCCAGAUAAUGUACAACAACAUUUGAGUAAAGUAGCACCGCAGUUGAAUAUGAAGGAGAAAGAACUCACCGGACUCUGUAAAUCCUUAGCCGAGGUGAUAAACGAUCAGGACUUUAUACAGCAACUAUUAGCUAUAAAUGAGGAAAUCGGCAUUAUGUCAGCAGAAAAUUGACAAUUAAAGGAUAAAAAGGUCGAUGCUGAUCUGAAGGGUAUAGAAAAUAAUAAAUCGCCUAAGACGACGAAUAGCUCAACAACACAAACAGCUGCGACCGAGACGGUGCAUUCGGCCUCCAGUUCGAGUUCGGCAUAAACUUAAAAAAUUAACUAAACUUAAUUUUAUUUUCAAUUCAUACUUAUAAAAAGUUAAAGUAGAACAAGCAAAAAAAUAUAUUUAAAAAAAAAACAACAAAAAAACAACAAUUCUUCUUAAUGCACUUAAGUGAAACAACAAAAUUAAAGCAUGAAAUAUUAAGAAUAUAAAUAUAUACGGGGUUAAUAGUUUACUGGUAGUUUGAAAAUAUUUAUUCUUAACUUUUAACAAAAUUACUCCACACAUACAUAUACACAAGUUUACUCUAAUAAAAAAAUAUUCUAUUAUUAUGUACGGAAUACUUGAAGCAAAUAUUAAUCUUUAGAGAUUAUUUAUAACUACAUAUAUAAACGAAUAUAAGUAUGAUAACGAUUUAGUUUCACAGCCUAAAUAGUUUCACAAUAUUAAUUAGUAACGUUUGCUUUUCAUUUAAUUACCAUGUAACAUUUAAAUUUGAAACUGAUCACUGAUAUCAUGUCCUUCAACGCUAAUUUUAUCGACUUGAAAAACACAAAAGUUUUAGCAAUGCAUAGUGUAAUGUGUGUUGUGCACAUUUUAGGAAAUUAUUACGAAAAAACGUUAAAAUAAAGUUUUAAAACUAAGCUUGCAAACAGUAUUGAUAAAGCCGAAAUACAUAUGUACACAUGCAAACGCUUAAACACAAAUGAUACUUUUAAAUUCAAGCUUGCCACCGCAUACACCAAAACACGCAUCAGGACAUGGUAUCCUUAAAUAGUAAACUUAAACUUGUGAUUCCCCACUAGAAUCUGCCUAUUUACUUAUAUACCCGCAAGUUAAAUUAUUAUAUUAUUACUUGUUAUUGUAUCGAUCGUACUUUAAUUUAGUGUUUCCAAUAAAAUGCAAAAUAUCAAAAAAGAGAAAA